CCUCACGCCGGCGCGUCGUCAGCUAAUUUUCACUGGACAGUCAGUUAAGCCUGGACAUUAAUAUGAACACGCCAGUGCGAAAUAUAAUGCUUGUUUUGCUGCUAGGAAUUUUUGUUUCUGUUGUAUCAGCUCAAUCUGGCAAUGGCGAAGUUGGAACAGUCUCUGAUUCUCCUUUGCGUCCUCCAUCUCUUGGGGAAGCUAUUCCGUCGUAUCCAGAUUAUGAAGGUAAUUCAUACCCUGGCGGUCACUACCCCGGCAACUACGAAGGGUAUCGUUACUACAACUAUGACGAUUACUUCACCAGAAUAAAUGACUCAUCAGAAGAAGAUUCGUUCUCUAAUGGGAAUGAAGAAGGAACCCCGCUCCCAACAGACUUGGCAAAUCCAGUGAUGUUUCCACAAGAGCCAUCUGUCUGUAUGCAACCAGUAUAUGCAGAUAACGAAUCGGUCGACUAUGUCGUAAAAGCAUCUACACAGGCGCCACGGAAAAUACUAUCUUAUCUGGAAUUGAAAUCUUCUGAGGCCAGGAAAGCGGUGAUGCUUGCCGUAGAAUACUACAUUCAAGAAAAAAAGGGAUCAGUAAAUUUAGAAAUGACUGAGAUCAAAAGCGGAUGCCAGCAGGUAUUAGCUGGAACACUCUUCUUCUUCGUUUUUGACGCAAAGGAGACGAUUUUCUGUGACACAGCUGCCGUGAACGCUACAUGCACCGAAAACACAAUGCACUCAAGAGAAUGCAGAGCGAGGGUUCAUCACAGCCAAGCAAACUCUUGGUAUCCAUUCUUCACCGAAUGCCACUCUCCUGAGUUCUAUCAAAUUCCGAGAAAAAUAGUACGAGUUCGUUAUGUAUAAAGUAACAACCAGAUUAAACAAGAAUCAGUUAUCGACCUUUUGGCGAAUGUGUUUUUUUUCUAUGAGUAUUGCAUGAUGGA